UGUCUCCCUCUUUCCUUGUCCAGCACUCUGCCUGGUGUUGGGCUGUAUGAUAUUUCCAGAUGGCUGGGAUGCAGAGACUGUCAGGGACAUGUGCGGGGAGAAGACAGGGAAGUACUCGUUGGGCGAUUGUUCUGUGCGCUGGGCCUACAUCCUUGCCAUUAUCGGCAUCCUCAACGCCCUCAUCCUCUCCUUCCUGGCCUUUGUCCUUGGCAACCGGCAAAAUGACCUGCUUCAUGAGGAGCUCAAGACAGAGAACAAAGAUUUUGUUGGCACUGCGAGGAUAUAAUGUAGAGAACAUGCAGCAGGGCCCUUAUCUCACUGGUACCUGGCUCAGACGCGCUCUCUCUAUCCUGCCUUCUUUCUGCUGCCGAUGGUUCCAUAACGUCAACCCGAAGCCUCAGAAUCUGCCAACCUCUCUGGGGAUUUGCCAACCUUGCCCUGUGUCCAUGACGGCCCAUCCAUUUCAUGCGACUCACCAGCUUUGGCUCCCUCCCCCUGCUCGGGGGUUGUAGAUGGAGGGAGUUUGAUGCCAAAUCCCCCUGAACCUGCUUCAAGAGGAGCAACAAACUGCAGUUUUGUUUCAAGGAAAAAGACAGAGUUUUUAACAGAUUUCUACAUUCCCAAGAACCUCUGGAAUUUCCAUGCUCCCUCCGGAGAACGCUUCCAGAUGAGUUUCCUCCAUAUCAUUUCCUUAUGCAGCUGGCGCAAGCCACAGUCUGUCUGGGACGCCCCCAGGACUGCAGACUCGGCCAGGAACCCUCCCCUGCCCUGUUUUGUACAGCUCAGCUUUUCUGCACUCUGCUGUUGGGGAAACCCAGCACCUGAGACUGGAACGUUUCAUACUUUUAUGUGUAAAUGAAUCUUCUCUGAACAGGGUAAAGUGACUCUGAGUCCCCUGGGGAUUCCAGCCACCGUGACUUUGUACUUUACCUCCAUCCUGCCUGGGAUGGCGGGAGAGGCUGCAGACUGACGCUCCCUCCCCAUCCCAGACUGUAGGGAUAGAAGGCCUGCCCCUCCCCGCUCCCUCUACUGCGAGUGGCCCUCACUGCUUGGCCCAGCCUGUGCGGCUGCCGAGACAUCUGGCUCACUUCAAGCACUGAAUGUAAACCUGAGCCAGGCCCCUUGUAAGGUGGAGCAACUGGAAAUGCAAACCACACCUGGGGAGGGGAUGGGAGUCUUUCCUCCCCUGCUGCUGGGUCUGUUCCCUCUCCGGGGCCCUCCCCCCUCUGAUUCUGUCUCAGGCUGGUGCCAAAUACCAUCGCAACAUAUAUGGUGCUUUUAUCUCCACUGGCAUAAGCGAAGCUGCAACUUGGCAUCUCUCCCUUAGGGCCAGCCUUGGAGGAGGGGGCAAUGGAACAGAGGGAGGGGGUCUCUCCCGGAACCCCCUCGGCUGCAGGAGCCCUGCCCCUCACAGGCUCCAGCUCCAGGCUGCGGAGGGCUGAGUGCCUGAACGGUCUGUGGCCAAGUGUCAGGAGAGGCAGAAUGCAGCAGGGACUCCCCAUGCCCAAAGAGACACGAAUCCCUCCCAGGCUGGCUUUCUCGAAGCCUCCAAGCUAGGAGCCCUGAAAGGCAGUGCCCCUUGCAGGGAAUGGUGCCAUUUCCUGUCCCAUCAUAGAAUCCACCAUCCCUCGGGCAGAGCUGAGGGCUGAGAAAUGGAAGGAAAGUCACCCAGAGUAACCAUAGUGACAGCAGCACCCUCAACAGCUCCCCAGACUAGAGCUAAACCUUAGCCACACACUGCGAGACCAAUGUGCCCACAUCACACCAUCUAGCUGGAGCAGAGCGAGAGGCCCUCUCGCACACAUCCCCACCCCACACCAAAUCCCACUGGCUAGGGAUCUGGGUUUGCUGGCCAGGUCAGUGUGUCAGGUUUCUUGUGUUCCUCAUAGUCCCAUGGGCACAGGCUUUAUAAGCCAACAGCACCAGAAAGCAUGCAGUCCUUGGCAAUGCAAUAAAGUUCUAAGCACUAGCACUGAAAGUAUGAAUGCAAAGCUGGAGGCAACCAUGAGAUGGUCUCUUCAGCCACCGCCUGAAGGUGGAGUAGGAAGGGGAAACAUCCAAGUACCCUUGCAGCUAGAAGCAGCCGGACAGGGCACAUGAGGGGGUGGGGUGGGGGUGUGAAAGAGAGAUAAAUGUCAAGGGGAAAGAGCCCGUUAUUAACAGAGAGGCAGCUUGCCUGAGAUGGGGAGCAGAGCGAGAAGCUGGUAUUUCACUGGGGCAGGGUAGAGGCACAAGGGAGCUGACGGCACUGAAAUCAGGGUCAUGGUUGGGGCAGCUGUUGUUAUGAAGAGAAGGAAGGAACCAAACAGGGAUAUGCAGAUUCUGCAGGGAAGAGAAGAAAUCAAAGUAAGUUGAUGCUACCAAAGGACCUUUCACAAACCCACCAGGGGAAGCAGCUCCAGGCGGAAAGCAGAUUGGUGGUGGAGUCCUGGUAACUCCAGGGGUCAGGCCUAUUUUACUGCUCUCUGAAAGCUCGCUCUGCAAUGAGAAGGGAAGAGAUUUGGGCAACUAGGAAGCAACAAAGACUUUGUAAAUAUACAUUGAAUAAGAGGCAGUUAAGGGGAUGCUGGGGAGAGGCAAACACAUACAAAGCCAGCCAUUCUGGCUGGGUUGCAGCCCUGGGCACUAAGGGAAUUAGUUGAUUCCCUUACUGAACCACUGAGAAUUUUUCUGAAAAAUCCCGGUGAAAUCAGAAGGUGUGGAGAAUAGAAGAAAAGCAAAUGUAGCAGUGAAUUUUCUGACAGGAUGAGAGCAAUCCUGGCAGUUCCUAUCCAACAAGUCUAACCUCUGUUCCACUAAAAUAAUAGCAAAUAUUAAGAAAAAUACACAAACACAAACCCGCAAAUAUCUAAAGCAGGGGUUCUCAAACACCCAAAGCAUGGGCUACAGCUCACAGGUCUCUUAUUGACACGCUCCUCGUAAGCACCACCUCCAGCACCUUCUCCCCUUCUGUUCACAAUCAGCAUAACAUUGUUGUAGCAAUGACUGCUACUGCUUAUGCGGAGAAGUCAACAGGAAAAUACUGGGUGAGUUUAUAAAUUUCUUUUAAAGCAAUUUAGCUGCUAGAAACAAGGAGAUGGUGCCAACACCCAGCAACCAGCCAGUUCUCCACAGAGCAGUUUGGGAACCACUGACCUAGCGGAUUCUGCAUAUGGGGGAUACAAAUUACAGCUCGUGUCAGACAAAUGUGAUUGGCUUUGUUGAUUGAAGUGGAGAAGGGAAUACAGUAGCUGUAAUAUAUCUGUAUUUUAGUACAACGUUUGAUACAGUGUUUCACAAAACCUUACUGGAAAAUAUAAUUCAAACUGGAUUGGAUCGGAACCCUGUGGUGUGGCGUGAGACUGGCAAUAUGUUUAAUGAGGGGCAGUGCCCAGCAAGGGACUGGUAUGAAUCUGAGAUUAUUGACAAAGAACUCCUAUAUUAAAUUCAGAGGCGAGCGUACUAACUUGGGAGGAGUUGCAAAGAUCAACAAGGGCAAAGAACUAAUACGAAGGAAUAUGGAAAGGAUAGAAAUAUGGGCAGGUUGCAACAGAGCAAGAAGCAGUCUGUAAGAAUGCAGCUAAUACA